GGGAAGGGAAGAAAGGAAGAGGUGGUGCGGACACCCAGGGAGAACCCGCCUGCCUCAGGCGGUCGCGAGCCUUUUCUUCAUUUUGCCUGCCUUCUAGGGACCGCUGGAGCUUGUUGGAUCUAGGGGCGCAAUCCUUGAACAGCCGGGUGUCCAGCUCCCCAARUCGGACCUAGGGGUUGGAAGCGCCCUCUCCGCGUGCCGCCCAAGUGGGCGGUGAGCUCGGGCCCGCGGGGAAAUCUGCUCCGUCCGCGGCAGCCGCUGCUGCCCCUUUGAUGUUUUGGUACGCCGUGCGCAUGCGCCUCACAUUAGAAUUACUGCACUGGGCAGACUAAGUUGGAUCUCCUCUCUUCACUGAAACCCUCAAUCCCAUCAAAAACUAAAGGGAUGUGGAGAGUCCGGAAAAGGGGCUACUUUGGGAUUUGGUCAUUCCCCUUAAUAAUCGCCGCUGUCUGUGCGCAGAGUGUCAAUGACCCUAGUAAUAUGUCGCUGGUUAAAGAGACGGUGGAUAGACUGCUGAAAGGCUAUGACAUUCGUCUGAGACCAGAUUUUGGAGGUCCCCCCGUGGCUGUGGGAAUGAACAUUGACAUUGCCAGCAUUGACAUGGUUUCUGAAGUCAAUAUGGAUUAUACCUUGACAAUGUACUUUCAGCAAGCCUGGAGAGAUAAGAGGCUGUCCUAUAAUGUAAUACCUUUAAACUUGACUUUGGACAACAGAGUGGCAGAUCAGCUCUGGGUGCCUGAUACCUACUUCCUGAACGAUAAGAAGUCAUUUGUUCAUGGAGUGACUGUCAAAAACCGCAUGAUCCGCCUGCAUCCAGAUGGCACAGUGCUUUAUGGCCUCAGAAUCACAACCACGGCUGCCUGCAUGAUGGACCUGCGGCGGUACCCACUGGAUGAACAAAACUGCACCUUGGAAAUUGAAAGCUAUGGAUAUACCACUGAUGACAUUGAAUUUUACUGGCGUGGGGAUGACAAUGCUGUAACAGGAGUAACCAAGAUUGAGCUCCCACAGUUCUCCAUCGUAGACUACAAACUUAUCACCAAGAAGGUUGUUUUCUCCACAGGGUCCUAUCCCAGAUUGUCCCUCAGCUUUAAGCUUAAGAGAAAUAUUGGCUACUUCAUCCUGCAAACAUACAUGCCUUCCAUCUUGAUUACGAUCCUCUCCUGGGUCUCUUUCUGGAUUAAUUAUGAUGCGUCAGCUGCCAGAGUGGCUUUAGGAAUUACAACUGUACUAACAAUGACCACAAUCAACACUCACCUCCGGGAAACUCUCCCCAAAAUCCCUUAUGUGAAGGCCAUUGACAUGUACCUAAUGGGGUGCUUUGUCUUCGUUUUCAUGGCCCUUCUGGAAUAUGCUUUGGUCAACUACAUCUUCUUUGGGAGAGGACCCCAACGCCAAAAGAAAGCAGCAGAGAAGGCUGCUAGUGCCAACAAUGAGAAGAUGCGCCUGGAUGUCAACAAGAUGGACCCCCACGAAAACAUCUUACUGAGCACACUUGAAAUCAAAAACGAAAUGGCCACAUCGGAGGCUGUGAUGGGACUUGGAGACCCCAGGAGCACGAUGAUGGCCUACGAUGCCUCCAACAUCCAGUAUCGGAAAGCCGGGCUGCCCAGGCACAGUUUUGGUCGAAAUGCUCUGGAACGACACGUGGCGCAAAAGAAAAGUCGCCUGCGGAGACGCGCCUCGCAACUGAAGAUCACCAUCCCCGACUUGACUGACGUGAAUGCCAUAGAUAGGUGGUCCCGCAUAUUCUUCCCAGUGGUUUUUUCCUUCUUCAACAUCGUCUAUUGGCUUUAUUAUGUGAACUAAAACAUGGCCUCCCAUGGGAAUCAAGGACUCGAUUCCUCCUCAGAACAGUUGUACAGCCUGACGUAGGACUUGGAAAACACAUCAAUCCAGGACAAAAGUGAUGCUAAAAUACCUUAGUUGCUGGCCUAUCCUGUGGUCCAUUUCAUACCGUUUGGGUUKCUUCUUCUAAGUAAUGAAUACACUAAGGUCCUUGUGGUUUUCCAGUUAAAAUGCAAGGGAUGUGAGCCCAUGAUGACAGGAUGGAGCUUGAGUAUUCCGUUUUCAUCUGCGUAGUAGGCAGCUACUAGGAGGGGAAACAUUUAGAAGAUAUUCUGAAAAGGCUCCAUAGCAUUGUCAGUCAUCGCCCUAAGAUAUGGUCAUAUCCAGACACUCUCUGUGUUCAUUCUUAAGGUUGGCAUGCUAUUGAAAUAGCGCUGUGCUCAUGAAACAUUAUCAGCAGUACCAUGCACACAUGUUACUUUGGGAUGGUCUGUGCCUAUGUUAUUAAGGUGAUCAUGAUGUCAUGGGGAGAUAAUUACCACUGAACUGGUAGCUUCUCAUAUAGUUGGAGCAGGAUUAGGGUGGGGAGCCCACGGGGGCUGGGGCCAAGGCAGAGACUUGGUCAGCAAUUUAGUCAUUGUCUGUGUUUGAUGGAGUAUAGGGAAUCAACUAGGAUAUCUUUCAUUUUGGCAUUUAGAGAUAGAGACUCUUCUGAACAUUAUCAUACAUGGGAGUACCCAAAAAAUAUUUUGCAAAAAAACUAUUUUCUAGGUGGCUAAAAAGUUAACAACACAGAGCAGAGUAAAAAAUUCCAGAAAUGAGUGUUGUAACAAAUUUAAAACAAGCAAGCAUAAUCCCUAUCACUGCCCCACAGCAUCUGGUCUGUACAUACUGUGUCCAGUGGCAAAGGGUAGAGAGAGAAUUAUUUUUUUCCCAACAUCACAAGAUUUUGACAGCAUAUCUAAAGAGGUUUUUGUAAUUUAUCUAAUCAGAAUACAGCUAGAAAAUAGAAAAGUUAGGGGAACUAGAAGUAUCUUAGAUGUUCAGGUUAGAUCUGGAGUCAUGCAGGAAUAUAGAAUACAGACAUGGCUAACAAAUAGGUUAUCUUCCUUCGAGAGUGCCAGGUAUCUCUAGAACAUUUCCCUAUGAGUUUAUUUUUUGAAUUGAAUAGGGUAUUUCAAAAGGAGGAUUUGUUUAUUGCUUUAAAGGAUUAAUGGUCCUCUUCAGAUUUUCUUGCUUCCAAACUUCUGAUAAUAUUCUUAGGAGACAGGCACAGUAAGCCUUUGGGAGAGUGAGUGAACUCUAUUUUUCAUAAGGGCAAUGAAGUUUACCUUUAUAAUUUUGAAAGCAAACAAUACUUUAAAAGAGUUUGUGCAUGAAAAAAGUUUGUGGGUUCACUGGAUUUGAUUUUCUUAACAGGUGCUUCCAUUGUGUAUAUUGCAAUCUGCUUAAUCAAGGAAAAUAUGAAAACUAGUGGACAAUAAGGUAAUAACAGAGCCACAUUAAUCUGUUGAGAGUUAUGAGCCUCGGUUGAUAUUGCAGAAAAAUAUAUAACUGAUAAUUAGGCUGAUGUGGUAUAUUGGUUUAUUCUACCUUAAAUUAUGCCAUUUGUUUCUUUUUGUAUUAAUUGGACAUAUGCAUUCGUAUGUUGGACAGAAAUGACAAUAGGCUGAUAAUAUUUUAUUUCUAUUGAUGUGAGGCUCAUAUGUUGCUUUUUGUGUAGAAAAUAGUGAAUUGUUAAAUUUUUUGUGAAGUUUGAUUUGAGUGAACUUUUUCUCAGAAGAUGACUU